UUUGACGCAGGGGCGCGCGGCAUCCUGGGAAGUGUAGUCCGGUCCGGACUUGAACGCCCCCUCGGAUGAAUGGGUCUACGGAAGACUGCGAACCACAGUUCCUUGGUCGGCCGCGUUAGUGACGGCAGCGGGGAGAGGGGGAACCGCUGCGGCCCGGAGGAGAGCAGCACUCUGGGACGGUGGUGAUGUUCAUUGCCGUGGCGAGGCAGCAUCCCGGCUUUCUAGGGUAGCGGUAUAGGCGGGCGCUUCCUCCGCGCGCUUGCUUCCUCCGCGCGCUCCCUCUCCUUCCCCUGCCCCAGCCAUGCACCCGGCUUUCGCCGUGGGCCUGGUUUUCGCAGGCUGCUGCAGCAACGUGAUCUUCCUAGAGCUCCUGGCCCGGUGAGUGACCCCAUUAAAGAAGCCGGAAGAGGGACGCCUCCGCGCGCCGUCCCCCCGGCCGCUCCCCAACUCCGGGGGCGCGGAGGCUGGGGUGAGACCGCUGAGUUGGCUGCAGUAAGCCUGAGCACCGUCUGCUCUUCCCACCCAAUAGUUUCACGGCAUACCUCGAGGGGAACUCUAGGCUUGUUGCUUUCGUCACCCCUUUUUCACACUCCAGGGGAUCGAAGCCGGGAAGCAUCCAGGAUGCGGGAACAUUGUGACAUUUGCGCAGUUUUUAUUUAUCGCCGUGGAAGGUUUCCUCUUUGAGGCUGAUUUGGGAAGAAAGCGGCCAGCUAUCCCCAUAAGGUACUACGGCGCCAUGGUGGCCAUGUUCUUCACGGUCAGCGUGGUCAACAACUACGCCCUGAACCUCAACAUCGCCAUGCCUCUGCACAUGAUAUUCCGAUCCGGUUCUCUAAUUGCCAACAUGAUCCUAGGGAUUAUCAUUUUGAAGAAAAGAUACAGUAUAUUCAAAUAUACCUCCAUUGCCCUGGUGUCUGUGGGGAUAUUUAUUUGCACGUUCAUGUCAGCAAAGCAGGUGACUUCCCAGUCCAGCUCGAGUGAGAAUGAUGGAUUCCAGGCAUUUGCAUGGUGGUUGCUAGGUAUUGGGGCACUGACUUUUGCUCUUCUGAUGUCAGCAAGGAUGGGUAUUUUCCAAGAGACUCUCUACAGACAGUUCGGGAAGCACUCCAAGGAGGCUUUGUUUUAUAACCAUGCCCUUCCACUUCCUGGUUUCAUCUUCUUGGCUUCUGAUAUUUAUGACCAUGCAGUUCUAUUCAAUAAAUCUGAAUUAUACCAGGUUCCAGUCGUCGGUGUGUCGGUGCCCAUCAUGUGGUUCUACCUCCUCAUGAAUGUCAUCACCCAGUACGUGUGCAUCCGCGGGGUCUUCACGCUCACCACCGAGUGCACCUCCCUCACCGUCACCCUGGUGGUGACGCUGCGCAAGUUCGUGAGCCUCAUCUUUUCCAUCCUGUACUUCCGGAACCCCUUCACGCUCUGGCACUGGCUGGGCACCGUCUUCGUCUUCCUUGGGACCCUCAUGUACACAGAGGUGUGGAGCAACCUGGGCACCCCCAAAGGCCAGCCUCCGAAGGAGGACAAGAGGAACUGAGGCCCGCCCGGAGGAGAGACCGAGGCGGCGCGGGCCGGGCCGGCCGCCGGGUCCCCUUGCCGAGCGCGGAGUCGCCGCCCGCGGAGCCGCGUCCUCGGAGGGAGGGACCCGGCGGCUGCCCGGCCGCUGCGCAGACCAGCAUGUGCGGCCUCUGCGAGAAGCCCCUCCACCCCUCCACGGGAAGAACAGCAGUUCUGUUUGUUAUUUCCGUUUUGUUUACCAGAAUAUUCAGCACUGUAUUUAUGAAGUCUGACGCCCCAGGGCGACUGGUUUUACAUCCAUGGUCUUGGACAGGAUUGUCCCUUUUGCUGCCGUUCUGAUGAUUCUCUGCCAUGGCAGUCAUUUUCCUCCUGGGGGGCCUCAUCCCCUUGUUCUGUCACCCUCGUUCUGUCACCCUCAGCAGCACUCGUCAGUCAGUCAGGUGCUCCAGGCACCAGCGUCAGGAGCAGCUGAGUGGCCGCGUGAACUGAGACGCCGGUGAUCCCAGGGCCGGGUCCUCUCUGGAUGUCGGGAAAGAGGCAGGGUACCUGUGAGCCUUGCUGACGCUGGAGCAGGACUGCUGGGAUCUUUCCCCACAUUUUGCCUUUUUUUGCUUUUCUAUGUACAAGUCCUGUGCUUUCACAACUUUUGCUGUCUGUGCGUAGAACAACCCGGAAGCAUCUCUUUGUGGCACAACGUCAAUAAGAAAGAAAGGUUGUGUAUGAA